GCACACGAAGAAGAGAAGCUCCGCACCUUACGCAAACAACCUAUACAAGCAAGCACACAAACAGCUGAUCGACAAUCAACAAUAGCGGCGGACAGACCACGACAUAAACAGUGUACACGCACCUGGACAUUUAACGACUAGAAUUUGGACUUAAAUGGUCAAUGUACAGUUAAAGAAGGCAUACUGCCAGACUCUUUUAAGAAAAGGGUAAGCGUCUCAAGAUUUGACAAGCUGGACUCGGACGCUAGCAAGCUAAUAUUACCAAAAACAACGACGCAAAAUAUGGAUUUACACGCUGUUUGAACGCAUGGCGCUAGGUUUUUCGUAACAGAUCGUAGCUGCGUGUGUGUGGAGGGGGAAAAUGUAUGGUGCGGUUUACAUUGUGUCCACGGUGACCGGCUACGUCCUCACCUCCGCGCUGCUGCUCAAAUGUCCAACGCUACUGCACCGCAAGAAGAGAGAGAGGUUCCACAGCAAGCACAUUUCUCAUCGUGGAGGAGCAGCCGAGAACCUAGAGAACACAAUGGCGGCUUUCAAACACGCCGUGGCUUUGGGCACAGACAUGUUGGAGCUCGACUGCCACCUGACGAAGGAUGAGCAGGUUGUGGUGUCACAUGACCCACAUCUGCAGCGAGCAACUGGCAUUAACGCCUACAUCUCCGACAUGGCAUAUGCGGAGUUGCCGCCAUACCUCUGCAAACUGGCUGUAACCUUUCAAAGGGAGUGUUUUUGCGAGGCGGGAGAGGACAAACGCAUUCCUCUGCUCAAGGAUGUUUUCGAAGCAUUUCCCAACACCCCUGUCAACAUUGACAUCAAGGUCGACGACGACACACUCAUCAAGAAGGUGUCCGAGCUGGUCGCAAAAUAUGACAGAGAGCAUUUUACGGUAUGGGGCAAUGCCAGCAACCAGAUCGUCAGGAAAUGUUACAAAGAGAACCCUCGCAUUCCUGUGUUGUUUAGCUUUCUCAGAGUGUUGCAGUUGUUGGGCCUCUUCUAUACCGGCCUGCUGCCUUUUGUUCCCUUAAAGGAACAGUUCUUGGAGAUCCCAAUGCCCAAUAUUGUUAACAAACUUUAUGAUCCAAACAGAAUAACCAAGAGUCAGCGUCUCAUUACCUGGCUUGCAGACAGCUUGUUGAUGAGGAAAGCUCUCUUCCAGCAUCUGACUGCGAGGGGAAUACAGGUGUACAUUUGGGUGCUGAAUGAUGAAGAAGACUUCCAGAGGGCAUUUGAUUUGGGAGCCACAGGAGUUAUGACAGAUUUUCCCACCAGGCUUAAAGACUUUUUGGAUCGGAAUGGCCUUUCCAAGCCUCAGUGACUUCCCUACAGCCACUCAGUUCCCUCAUAAUUGAGAUAAUAUUGGGUUUCAGCAUUACAAGUUUUUUCCACUACCAAUAACUUUGAACCAAAAAAAAAUAUUAAUUGAGGUUCUCUAUUUAAUCUGCAUUUCAUUUUCUAUUAUCAUUACAACAGAAGCUUGAUCACUUGAAACUUGAAUGUACAACCCCAAUUCCAAUGACCUUGGGUCGUUGUGUUAAACAUAAAUAAAAACAGAAUACAAUGAUUUGCACAUCAUGUUCAACCUAUAUUUAAUUGAAUACACUACAAACAAGAUAUUUAAUGUUCAAACUGAUAAACUUUGUUUUUAGGAAAUAAUUACUAACUUAGAAUUUUAUGGCUGCAACGCGUUCCAAAAAAGCUGGGACAGGGUCAUGUUUACCACUAUGUUACAUCACCUUUUCUUUUAACAACAUUCAACAAAUGUUUGGGAACUGAGGACACUACUUGUUGAAGCUUUGUAGGUGGAAUUAUUUCCCAUUCUUGCUUGAUGUACAGCUUGAGUUGUUCAACAGUCCAGGGUCUCCGUUGUCGUAUUUUAGGCUUCAUAAUGCGCCACGCGUUUUCAAUGGGAGACAGGUCUGGACUGUAGACAGGCCAGUCUAGUACCCGCACUCUUUUACUACAAAGCCACGCUGUUGUAACACGUGCAGAAUGUGGUUUGGCAUUGUCUUGCUGAAAUAAGCAGGGGCGUCCAUGAAAAAGCUGCUUGGAUGGCAGCAUAUGUUUCUCCAAAACGUGUAUGUACCUUUCAGCAUUAAUGGUGCCUUCACAGAUGUGUAAAUUACCCAUGCCAUUGGCACUAACACAGCCCCGUACCAUCACAGAUGCUGGCUUUUCAACUUUGCGUCCAUAACAGUCCGGAUGGUUCUUUUCCUCUUUGGCCCGGAGGUCACGACGUCCACAAUUUCCAAAAACUAUUUGAAAUGUGGACUCGUUGGACUACAGAACACUUGCCCACUUUGCAUCACUCCAUCUUAGAUGAGCUCGGGCCCAGAGAAGCCGGCGACGUUUCUGGGUGUUGUUGAUAAAUGGCUUUUGCUUUGCAUUGUAGAGUUUCAAGUUGCACUUACAGAUGUUGCACCGAACUGUAUUUACUGACAUUGGUUUUCUGAAGUGUUCCUGAGCCCAUGUCGUGAGAUCCUUUACACAUUGAUGUCGGUUUUUGAUGCAGUGGUGCCUGAGGGAUCGAAGGCCACGGCCAUUUGAUGCUGGUUUUUGGCCUUGCCGCUUACAUGCAGUGAUUUCUCCAGAUUCUCUGAACCUUUUGAUGAUGAUAUGGACCGUAGAUGAUGAAAUCCCUAAUUUCCUUGGAAUUGUACGUUGAGGAACAUUGUCCUUAAACUGUUCGACUAUUUUCUCACACCCUUGUUCACAAAGAGGUGAACCUCGCCCCAUCUUUGCUUGUGAAUGACUGAGCAAAUCAGGGAAGCUCCUUUUAUACCCAAUCAUGGCACCUCCCUGUUCCCAAUUAGCCUGUUCACCUGUGGGAUGUUCCAAACAGGUGUUUGAUGAGCAUUCCUCAACUUUCUCAGUCUUUUUUGCCACCUCUCCCAUCUUUUUUGGAACCUGUUGCAGCCAUAAAAUUAAAAGUUAAUGAUUAUUUGCUAAAAACGUUUACCAGUUUGAACAUUAAAUAUCUUAUCUUUGUAGUGUAUUCAAUUAAAAAUAGGUUGAACAUGAUUUGCAAAUCAUUGUAUUCUGUUUUUAUUUGUUUAACACAACGUCCCAAGGUCAUUGGAAUUGGGGUUGUAUUUGUGACAUUUGCCGUAGACCUGCACUACUUAUUAAAUGUUCAAUAUUGGACGUUAAUACCAGCAGAUGCAGCUGCCAAUAACAAUUUACCUCAUGUCUUAUUUCAUGGAAGAUACUCUGUAUUUGGUCCCUUUUUAAAAUUUGUCUCCAUACGUGUGCACUGAUAGCAAUGUUUGCCUGAAUACAUAAAAUUUUAAAAUCUAGUAAGCCAUUUGCAUGAGCAAGAAUAUUUUUACGUGUUUUUAUUUUUUUAAUGAGUUUCACUAUUGUCUUUUUUCACAUUUAAGAAAUAUCAUUUUGUAAUUUAAAUACAACAAAGAGCUAGAGACAUGAUGAUUGACUUUGCGGAUAAUCAACUUGAUGAUUAUCAAACUACUGAUAUUCUCCAAUCCAGAUGUGUGACGAAACAUCUUGUGGCAUUAUUGAAUGUAGCAUUGGAUGAAUUUUUGCCAUUUGCUGUUUAUUGUUUUUGGUGAGAUUAGCUAGUACAAGUAUUCAGAUAGCAGAUCUGAAAGCAAAUGAAAUUGGCUGUACAUUAUUUGUAUGAAGUCAUUUUUGCAUGCACGAUUAUUUACUGUUGUGUUUUUGUAACUUGACCUCAAUGUUGACAAUUUCAUUUAUUUUUCAUGUUUAAUUUACAUAAGUGACAAGAGCUGUGUUGUAGCUCACCUAUUUUGUAGAAAUAAUAAAAUGUAGACU